AGAAUUUUAAAAUCGUGUUUCUUAGAAAAUCAAUCGAUUGAAUUAACAAAACAAUCGAUUGAAUUUCAGGUUUCCCAUAACUCAAUCGAUUGGACUUCAGGUUACCAAUUGAACUUUGAAAAUUUUUUCUCUUUUCGGCCAGAUUCUCGCUGUGUGCAGAUGGAGCAGAACGUUAGCCGUGCACAUAGGAGAAUUCUUUCUUAAAUCUGCAAUCCUUCUUUCUCUGCUAAAACUUUUAUUUACUCCUCUAAAGUCUAAAAUGGAAAACAGGAAUCAGUUCCAGGAACUUUCAAAGGCCAAAUACAAUUGUCUUUUGUUUGAUCUUGAUGAUACCCUUUAUCCUUUUAGUUCUGGAUUAUCAGCGGAUAUGACGAAAAAUAUUCAAGAUUACAUGCUUCAAAAACUUGAUAUGGAAGAGGCUAAAGUUUCUGAAUUGUGCUAUUCACUAUACAAGGUUUAUGGGACAACAAUGGCUGGUCUCAGGGCAAUUGGAUAUGACUUUGACUAUGAUGACUUUCAUGGAUUUGUUCAUGGGAGAUUGCCAUAUAAGUUGCUGAAAGCUUAUCCUGUUCUUAAGGGAAUUUUGCUAAGCCAAUAACAUUAUUGGAUGGUUAACAAAGUAGAUAUAUAAUAAGGUUAAGCUGUGACAGAUGUUUCAAUUGAAACCUUCUUAAAAUACUUGACCCCUUCAGAAUUUUGAAACCUUCCUAAAAUACUUGACCCCUUCAGAUUUCUCAGCAGCUUUCCACAGUUCUGGAAGUGCUUCCUUCAUAUUAUGUAUACUUUCUAAUGCAUGAUCCACUCCUGCUGUUCUAACAGAAAUACCCACCUGCAUUCAUAUUAUAUUUAGAUUUCACAUGAAAUGCAUAGAUUUGUAUGGAUUU